AUGUUGUUUGUAUUUUUCCUGCUGAUAGCUCAAUUGGCUGCUGCCAAUGCCGACUAUUACGACGACACCACUCAAUCCCACUAUUACAAGGAACAGAGGGUCCUGGGCACCUCCAAGUUCGUUCCUUACAACAAGUACGUCAACCAGCCGUACGUCUCCAACGGGUACAUUGGAGCACGUAUUCCUAACGUUGGCUUUGGUUUCACUUAUGACCAAAACGAAAACCUCACAAGCUCCGAUCUUAGCAAUGGAUGGCCCUUGUUCAACCCACGCUACUCGGGAGCCUUUAUUGCUGGUUUCUACGACGCCCAAAAGAAUACCACCGGAACAAACUUCCCGGAACUUUUGGAAAACGGCUACGAGAGUGUGAUUAGCGCUGUUCCUCAAUGGACAGACCUUGAACUUGUUGUUUCUCUGGAUGGUAGCAACUAUUUGUUAAGUCCAAAAACUACAAAUAGCACCACCCAUAACAUUACCAACUAUCAGCAGAACCUGGACAUGUGGACCGGCACAGUGUCGACCAGCUACACCUGGCUCGACCGUAUUGAUGUCAACGUGUCGGUGAUUGCACAUAGACAAAUAGAGACUCUGGGACUGGUUCGGCUGGAACUGUCCAGUGCUGGCUCUGCGUCGCCAGUUAACGUGAGUGUGUCGAGCAUACUUGAUUUCGAGUCCGCACAACGGUGCAACCUCGAGACCGUUGCGUUCGACGAAUCCGGCAUCUACAUCACCGUCCAGCCACAGGGAGUCGAGUACAAACAUGCUACGUUGUAUUCGACACUAGUGACAGAAAACCAGUGCGAGGAGGAAGCUCUUGUUCAGACCCCUUCGAGCGUCAGAAACACGGUCCUGGUGAGCCUGGACAAGCCCGUUACCGUGACCAAGUACGUCGGCGUGGUCUCGGACGACUUGUUCAGCAGCAACUCCACGAGUCUGACGUUUGACAGAGCCAAAGAGACAGCGUUGAAUGCAUCCCACCUAUCGUGGGACGCUCUUUACGAGUUGCAACGCGAGUCGUGGCGGGAAAUCUGGGGCCAGUCGGCCGUCGAGGUGGAAAAUGACCCGUAUCUCACCCUCGCAGCAGAGGCCAGCGUCUACCACCUGCUGGCCAGCACCAGAUCGUCUUCCAAAGACCUAACUGCAGCCAUCAGCGUGGGCGGACUCAGCUCGGACUCCUAUGCUGGGCUCGUUUUCUGGGACGCUGAUCUGUGGAUGCUGCCUGCCUUGCUCCCCGUCGCACCGGACACAAAUGCCGCUCACUCAUCCUACAGAUACUAUCUGCACGAGCAAGCCAAGAAAAACGCCGAACAGUACGGCUAUCCAGGGUCCGUUUACUCUUGGACCUCUGGCAGAUUUGGUAACUGUACAGGAACAGGACCCUGCGUCAAUUACGAAUACCAUCUGAACGGGGCCAUCUGCUACUCGAUCUGGAAAUCGUAUCUGAGUGGAGCCAUUGACGACGACCAUCUGGAGAAGUACGGCUGGCCGAUUUUGAAAGACACUGCUGCUUUUUUCGCCGACUACGUCCAAUUCAACGACACUUUACAGAAAUACACCACGCAUAAUCUCACCGACCCGGACGAGUACGCCAACUUCAAGAACAACGCCGCAUACACGGCAGUUCUCAUCAGUCAGGUGAUGAAAUGGACCUCCUUGGUGGGACAGCAUCUGGGUAAAGAUGUCGACCCGAAACAGACACACGUGAUGGAGAACAUGUAUCUGCCCCAAUCGGCCGACAAUAUCACUUUGGAAUACGACACGAUGAACUCGUCUAUUUCGAUCAAGCAGGCCGACGUGGUGCUGAUCACCUAUGUCGAUGACGAGGACACUGCUUUACUGGACUAUUUCGAUUACGACGACGAGCGUGCUACCAGAGACCUGGUUUACUACUCCCAGCACCAGUCAUCUCAAGGUCCGGCAAUGACGUUCCCUGUGUUCACCGGGGUGAGUCAGAAGCUGAACACGGUCGGAUGCGGUAGCCAGACGUACUUGGAGAAGUCGAUUGUUCCGUUUUUGAGGUUCCCGUUUGCACAGCUCAGUGAGCAGAAUAACGACAACUACGACGUCAACGGCGGAACACACCCAGCGUUCCCCUUCAACACUGGACAUGGCGGUCUGGUUCAGACGUACUACUUUGGUCUGACGGGAAUCCGGUUUGGCUAUAACGUCACAUCGGAUGGUAGCAUUAGCAGAGUUUUGCAUUUCGAUCCUGUUGAGCUGCCUCUAUUGGCUGGCGAUUUGAAGAUCACAGGGUUUAAGUAUCUGAACGAGUCACUGGACAUCACUGUUGGAAACGAAACAGCAACGAUCUACCAUUGUGGAGACUCGGAAACCAUCGUGAUACACGUUGACGACAGAAACGAGGCCUCAGGAGUGUACCAUUUGCAACCGGGCCAUUCGUUGACGGUCCCAGUUGUUGUCACCGGAGAGAACAUGGCUGGAUCGCUAAGCGAGUGUCAAGCAUUCCCGUACGAACUGACUACAGGCCGUGACGGAGACGUUGUUCUGUCGAUUAUCGACGGAGACAACUCCACUACGUGGCAAGCCCAAGACAAGCAGUCCAAUGCUCGGUUGCUUGUUGAUCUGGGCCAGAAGGAGAAGUUCAACUCCGGAGCUGUCAUCUGGGGAGACCGGCUGCCAUUCAAUUUCAGUGUGAGCAUUGUUUCUGGCGACGUUGAUACGCUUUCUGCAAAUAUCACCAUUGAAGAGCCUCAAAUAAAUGCUGUUGUUAAGAGCCAAGAGGUGAAGAUCAGCAGUCCGUACAACGCUUCAGACUCAGAAGUUCGCAUCACAGAGCUGAACAGCACGUUGUUCGAGUUCUCGCAAACGUUCGAGUCCCAAUACGUCCUGCUUGAGAUCUACGGAUCGUUAACUGAAGACGAUGAAGAAUUUGGAGGCACUGUGGCAGAGUUCAACCUGUUCAACCAAUAG